AUGGGCAACUACUUCGGCCUUCGAGGCAAGAGCCUCAACUGGGCGAUCAGCAUCAUCGCCGGUUGUGAUUUCCUGCUCUUCGGAUACGACCAGGGUGUCACCGGCGGUAUUCUCACCCUUCCUGCCUUCCAGGAACAGUUCCCCUCUAUCAACCCCGAGGAGGAUGGCAUCUCGGGACCCCUCAGGAGCGAGCGCGCCACCGCGCAAGGUAUUGCUGUCGCAUCUUACAACCUCGGCUGCUUCAUCGGCGCCAUUAUCACCAUCUUCAUCGGUAACCCUCUCGGUCGCAAGCGCAUGAUUAUCCUCGGUACUGCUAUCAUGAUCAUCGGUGCUGCCCUCCAGGCCUCUGCUUUCACUGUCGAACACUUCAUCAUCGGACGUAUCAUCACUGGUCUUGGAAACGGAGGCAACACAUCGACAGUACCUACCUGGCAAUCAGAGACAUGCAGUGCUCACAAGCGCGGCAAGCUUGUCAUGAUCGAAGGUGCCCUCAUCAGCGGUGGUAUCAUGAUUUCCUAUUGGAUCGACCUCGGCAUGUCCUUCGCUCCUGGAUCUGUCGCAUGGAGAUUCCCUCUUGCGCUCCAGAUCGCCUUCUGCAUCUUCAUUCUCGCCUUCGUCUGGAACCUGCCUGAGUCCCCCCGCUGGCUCAUUCUGAAGGACCGUCACGAAGAGGCUAAGAAUGUCAUCGCCGCCAUCGCCGACUUGCCGCAGGAGGACGACUACGUCCAGAACGAGUACAAGGUCAUGAAGGAGACCGUCGAAGAAAUGUCCAAGGGCAGCUUCGCAGACCUCUUCACCAUGGACAAGAACCGCAACUUCCACCGCACUCUCAUCGCCUACGUCAACCAGAUGUUCCAACAGAUUUGCGGUAUCAACCUCAUUACCUACUACGCUGCUGUCAUCUACUCUAACUUGGGCAUGUCCCGUUUCAUGUCUCAUCUCCUCGCUGCUCUCAACGGUACCGAGUACUUCAUUGCUUCUUGGCCUGCCGUGUUUUUGGUUGAGCGCGUCGGUCGCCGCAAGCUUAUGCUCUUCGGCGCGGUUGGCCAGGCUGUUACCAUGGCUAUCCUCGCUGGUGUCAAUUCUCAGAACACCUUCGCCUGCCAGGUCGUUGGCAUUGUGUUCCUGUUCGUCUUCAACACCUUCUUCGCAGUCGGCUGGCUCGGCAUGACCUGGCUUUACCCCGCCGAGAUCGUUCCUCUGCGCAUUCGUGCCCCGGCCAACGCUCUCUCCACCUCUGCCAACUGGAUCUUCAACUUCAUGGUUGUCAUGAUCACCCCCGUUGCCUUCGAAACCAUCAAGCACCACACCUACACAAUCUUCGCCGUUAUCAACGCCUUCAUCGUUCCCUGCGUCUACUUCUUCUUCCCCGAGACCGCUUACCGCUCCCUCGAGGAGAUGGACUCCAUCUUCGCCAAGGUCGGCAGCGGCUGGAAGGGUGCUUUCACCGUUGUCAAGACCGCCGCCACGGAGCCCCACCGCUACGGCAAGAACGGCGAGCUUCUCAUCCACUACGACGACGUCAAGGAGGCCGAGGGCCGCGCCACCACCCGCGAGAACCGAGGCGACGGUGCCAGCAGCAGCGACUCUGUCAACAACGCGCAGGGCGGCAUCUGGACUCGCCAGGACGAGGAGACCCAGAACGUCGAGAAGUCCGAGAAGAUGUAA